AUGAAUUAUUCUGCACUGGCUAAAGAAGUUUUUGAGUUAUAGAACAAAGUCAGAUAAGAUCCAUCAUUAAUGCUUCCAGUUUUAGAGAAUAGGCUAAAAUACUUCAAGGAUAAGAUUUUGCAUUUGCCAGGAACUUAGGCUACCAAUACAAAAGAAGGUGCAAGUUCUGUCUAAGGUAAUCAAAAUAUCUUAUUUUAGAAUGCAUUGAUUUUCUUAAGAAAUAAAAGCCUGUAGGUCCAUUGACUUAUGAUAAAGGUUUGGAAGAAGCUGCUAGAGAUCAUGCAGAGGAUUUAGGUAAUAAAUUAAUAUUAUGGAAGGAACAAAUGGUUUGACAGGACAUGAAGGAAGUGAUCAUUCAACUACAAAAUAAAGAAUAGAAAGACAUGGUUCAUGGAAACCAGGUACAAUAGGAGAAAAUAUAAGUUUUGGAAAAUAGACAGCUGAAGAUGGUAAAUUUAUAAUAUUUAAGAUAUUUAGUUGUUAUUUAAUUGAUUGUUGAUGAUGGUGUUCCGAGCAGAGGCCAUAGAUCUAAUUUUUUUGAACCUGCUUAUAAAUAAGUUGGUAUCUUUGGGGCACCUCAUAAAGCUUUUAAACAUGUUGUUGUUUUUGAUUUUGCAUCAAAGUUUUAGUAAGGAGGAAAACCUGAAUAAGAAGGAGAGAAAGAUAAAAAAAAGAAAUAAGAAAAAUAAGAGAAAUAAGUACUGAAGUAAAAAGAUGAUGAUGAUGAUGAUAAUAAAGAUGGAGGAAAAGAGAAAUUAAUACCAGGUGCAAAAAAAGUUUAAAAGAAAGUUAAAACUGUUGUCAAAGGUGGUAAAAAACAUAUUAUAACAACCAAAAUAUACACUAUGAAUGAUGGUACCACUAAAGAAGAAGUCACUGAAAAAGUAGAAGAUGCAUGAUUAUUAAAU